GUUUGUCCCUAUCGCGCCCCCAUAGUUGUAGUUUGUGUUUCAGUCCGCCAUGAAGAUGACAGAAGAAAACAACAAUGAUAAAGCUGUGAUUACAGUGGAGGACGUGCAGCGGCUGAUUAAGAAGAAAGAUGAGAUAGAGGAGCAGAUUAAAGCUUAUUAUGAUGUGCUGGAGGACCAAGGUGAUGUGGGAAUGGACGCUCCUCUAGUUGACGUUGAGGGCUAUCCUCGUGCAGAUGUGGAUUUGUUCCAGAUCCGAACAGCAAGACACAGUAUCUCAUGUUUGCAGAACGAUCACAAAGCUAUCAUGGUGGAGAUUGAGGAAGCUCUUCAUAAGCUGCAUGCUCGGGAGAAGGCUAAGCAUGAUCAGGACCAGGCAGAAGCUCAGACGGAGAGAAUGGAGCAGGAGCCGUCCCUGCCGCCCCCGUUUGCUCGAGUGGACGCUGUGACUCAGGGUUCCCCUGCUUAUCAAGCGGGCGUACACAUUGGUGAUGAGAUUAUUGAGUUUGGAUCAGUCAACACAAGCAACUUCCAAAACCUGCAGAACAUUGCUUCUGUGGUUCAGCACAGUGAAGGGAAAUCUGUAAGUAUCGCAGUGAUCCGGAAUGGGCAGAGAGUUCAUCUGGGCUUGACUCCACAGCGCUGGUCUGGAAGGGGUCUACUGGGAUGCAAUAUAGUACCUCUUCACAGAUGACUCUGAUUGAUUGGGAAGGAGAAUUCAGACCAAAGGGUUCACCAUGGGUCAUCUUCUGGUCAAACUCUGCACUUUGUUUUGUCACUGGGUGACGACAUACAUUCUGCAUUUUUCAGCGCAAUGUGGCUAAAUGGGUUUAUAUUCAAAUUCAUUAAUUUUUUUGAACACAUAUUUCUGCAUUUCUGGCUUAAACAUUCAUUUGGAGGAACUGUAUUGUGUAGAGAUUACAUCCACUGCAAUAAAAUAUUAAUAAACAUUCAA